AUGUGGGCGCCGGGCGGCCCCCCGGGACCUGCGGGCUGGGACCGCCGCAGAGUGGGCGCGAGGCUGCGCGCGGCGCUGGCUGGGCUGCACGAGCUGCGGGGGCUGCGCGCUGCGCAGCAGGCGCGAGUGCAGGGUGCCCUGGCCAUGCAGCCCGCGCCCGCUGGUCCCCGCGGCCCCAGCGGCCAGGAGCUGCGGCUGGAGGCGGCGCUGGCCGCUCUGCAAGAGCAGCUGUCCCAGCUACGACGGCAGGACACUGGGCUGCAGACCCACCUGGACCAGCUGGACCAGCAGAUCAGUGAGCUGCAGCUGGGUGUGCACAGGUCUUCUGUCGAGGUCCCUGACAGCGACAGCAGGCCCAGCUCAGGCUUCUACGAGCUGAGUGAUGCGGGCUCCUGCUCUCUGUCCACCUCCUGUGCCUCAGUGUGCAGUGACCGCCUGUCCCCCUCCCUGUGCAGUCUGCUGCCUGCAGUCUCCAUGGUCAGGCCCAACAUGGGGGACUGGCGACCUCGGUCUGCUGAUGAGACCACUGUGCCAGCAUGGAGACCCCAGCCCAUCAAAGAGAGUGGCAGGCUCCUGGACAGUGGAGAGGACACUGGCCAGCCCAGAGGCAUGUUCCGGCCCAGGCCAGUGUCUACAGGAGAUCUCGAACGCGUCCUCCCAGUGGACGUGGGGCUCCGGAGAGUUGACCAGGAGGCCACACCCCCCUCUCACCUCUGCCAGGGGAUGGAUGUGCCAUCCCCCAAGCUGGACCCCAAGUACCAGCGUGACCUGGUGUCCAGGGGGGGCCGGGAGGUGUACCUGUACCCCAGCCCCCUGCACGCAGUGGCCCUGCAGAGCCCGCUGUUCGCACUGACUCAGGAGACCCCGCCACUCGAUGGCCAUUUGCCCCCCAGGAGCCCUCUUUUGGGCCCCAGGGAUCUGAGCACCACCCCAGCAGCACCAGUCCUUGAGGCUGGCCCAGCGGGAGCUUACAUUGACAGGCUGCUGCGUCUGCGAAGCCAAGAGGCCGCGUCCAGGGGACCUGGUGGGGAGCAGGGACCCCCAGGACGUGAAGCAUCCCCAUCCCCCAAGAAGCCCGAUGCCCAGAGACUGGGCAGUGGAGGUUGGCCUGCGAAGCUGGCCUGUUCCCCAGCGAGAGGGGAUCUGGGAGUGGCAGCUCAGAGCAGGGCCAGCAGUGGAGACGGGCAGCAGGAACCCGCACCGCUCCUGCACACCCAGUCCCCCAGACACCCCCGGGAGAAGGGCCCCGAGCCCUGGAACCUCUGUGCCUUCGGGGAGACCUCUGUGGGCCCCUCUCCCUGCCCCCAGGCACAGCAGCCCCAUGGAGACUGCAGCCCAGGCAUCUCGUCCUCUUCUGGGAGCGUGGACUGUGGAAGUCCCCCUAGAGCCCCAGGCCAUCUUGUCCACCCACCUUGCACCGCCAGCGAAGCCUCCCGGAUGGGGCUGAAGACGGGCCACCCCAAGACCAAGCCUGUGAAGGUCAGGAGGAAGGCCAGCGACAAGACGCCGAGGCUUGGGAACCAGGCGCCACUGCUGCCAGAGAGACCUUGGGGUGUCCACGCUGCCCCCCAGCUGUCCCCAGAGUGUGGCCCCACACACAGGCCCCAGGAGGGAGGGCUCAGGAGGAGGCCUGGGCUGGCUGGGGUUGCUCCUGGACGGUCCUGUUCUGAGUCCACUCUGUACCCUGUGCCCUUCUUCGUCCCUCUGUUGGUGGCCCAGCGGGAAAGCUACCGGGCACCGUCCCAAGCCCUGUCCUCCUUGGAGACAGCCCCACUUUGUGCAGCCGCCAGGAGGAAGCAGCGCAGGUGGCAGUCCACCGUGGAGAUCUCAGCCGAGGCCCAUCUGGCCAGUGCUCAGGAGCCCAGCCUGGGGCCCUCGAGGUCCCCGGCCAGGAGAGCAGGUGGCCUACAGGCCCAGGGCCGGCCCACGCUGGCCCGCCAGGACGCCUGCUCCAGGAGCCAGUCGGACUCCGCGGAGUGCUCAGCAGAGUGCGCCUCGCUGCUGCAGUCCACCAUUGCGGAGAGCAGCGAGGAGGCGGCCAGCGACCACACUGCCAACCGCUUCGGGGACGGGGAGUCCAGCAGCAGCGACUCGGAGGACUGCUUCCAGAGCCACAGCCGCCGCCUGGGAGUGGACGUCGCGGCUGCCAGGCAGGGGGAGCUGGCCUGGCCCCGGGCAGUCCCCCAGCAGCCCCCACGGGCCCCCGUGGGUGCAAGGCCUCCCCUACCCCCGGUGCCCAAGCUGUGCCGCAUCAAAGCCUCCAGGGCCCUGAAGAAAAAGAUCCGCAGGUUCCAGCCGGCCGCCCUGAAGGUCAUGACCAUGGUGUAA